CAGUCUGGACUGAUCAGCAUGGAGACCUCUGCUUUGCAAGCCCAGAAGCCUCCUAUUUCUCCCCGAGCUCUCAUCAUUCAUGAAGUUCCUUCUCUUGGUUUUGAUUAUUACUCUGCUGCUGGCCCGGGUCACCCCAGUCAUGAAGUGUUGGGGUAAGUCGGGCAGGUGCAGAUCAACGUGUAAAGAGGGUGAAGUAUUCCAUAUCUUAUGCAAAGCUGGGAUUAAGUGCUGUGUGGACCCCAAGUACGUACCUGUCAAACCAGGAUCUUCAAACAUGUAAAAAAGCCUGGGAUCAACUUCUACAGUCUGAUGCCUCUUCCAGUCUCGAGCCUCACAUCAGAAGAUCCCACAAUUCUAUUAAAUUAUUCUUGGCUG